AUGAAAGCUCUAGACACGAACUUGCCCUCGACCGGCCCUACGUCCGCUUCUGCAUCCGCUUCCGCCUCCGUCUCUCCCUCCGCAUCCGCCUCUGCCUCUGCUUCUGCGUCCGCCUUUGUUUCUGCAUCGGCGACAGCGGGACGGCGGGGUCCAGUGCGGAUGGACACACAGGAUGGGCCAUGGAGCGUCAGUGUUGCGGAGACGCCGUAUGAUGCGUUUGUGUGGUGUCUUUAUGUUAAGACACCCACACACAACCUGACGCUCACACGCACCGCCGCGGAGCUCAUCGAGCUCGACGUGAAACUGCGCAGUGCGCACCCGGGCCUCAAAAUUCCAUCGUUGCCCAUCGACCCCGCCGGUCUGCCCCCCGCGCAGCAGAAGAAGGGGAAGGAGAAGAAACGAAAGUCGACGUUUUUGAACACGCUUUCGCGGUUGGCGUCGCCUGGGGGGGAUGUGAAUGGGUCGUCUGCUGCGCCGUCCACGACGAAUCUAGCGUCGACUGUGUCGUCCUCUGAUGCGCUUGAUAAGGAUGGUGUCGUCUCGAAAGAGGACAAUGAGACGUCCGAGUCGCAUACUACUACAGGCCACCACGCGCACACGAACGCCACGCCGUCGUCGACUGCGAUCGCUGCGUAUUUGACGACGAUCUCGAACACGCAUGUGUUGAGGAUGGAUCGGGUGUGGAAGAGGUUUGUGAGGGUCCGCACGGAUGAUUUGGAGAGUGUGAGAGUGGAGAGGGCGAUUAAGCGUGUUAGGUCGGAUUUGGCGGCGCAUGGACAUGGACAUGGACAUGGACAUGGGCAUGGUUCUAAGGAUAAGGAGAAGGAGAAGGAGAAGGAGAAGAAGAAUAAGGAGAAUCCUGAUCUGGAUCUUGUGGUAUCACAGAAUGGACCGGGGGGUGAUGAUGCGGAUGGGUCUCCUAUACGUGCUGACGAAGAGGCUCAGGCUCAGGCUCGGGCUCGGGAUCAGGAUCAGGACGGGGCGCAGGAAGUGUCUGUCUCUGCUCCUGGUACUUUAGACGCGGACGGUGGUGUGCCUCCGACACCAGCUACUGCUACGCCCAUGGCCAACGAACACGCUGCUAGCUCUGCUAAUCCCAACGAUUCUACCACCACCACCACGAAUGCGAAUGCGAAUGCCACUUCUACUUCUACUGCUGCUGCUGCUACCGCUGCCACAGCGAACCGCGUACACCGCUCGCAGUCCGCUGACCCCGACAAAUCGCACCGGCUCUCGCGCGUGUACGCGUCGUCCGUGCCGUCGCAGAGCGGCGCGGAGGGUACACCCACUGAACUCUCCCGCUCAACAGACAAGGGCAUCGCCGACAAAGAAAACGCCAACGCUGUUACCACCACCUCAUCCGCCUCCAAGGAACCGCGCAAAUCGCAGCGCAAAGUCGUCAUUGACGAUUUCGCACUGAUGCGUGUGUUGGGCAAAGGAUGCGCGGGUAAAGUGUUGCUUGUGAGGCAUAAGACGACGGGGGAGCUGUUCGCGCUCAAGGCGAUCACGAAGCGUCAUGUGCUUGCGCACCAGGAGCUGCAGCAUACGCUUACGGAGCAGGCGGUGUUGAAGCGUAUGGCGGCGGAGGGCAGGGAUCCGUUUGUGGUUAAGCUUUGGUGGAGUUUCCAUGAUAAGGAGAAUUUGUUUUUGGUUAUGGAUUUCCACCCUGGAGGCGACCUUGCGACGCAGCUCGCGCGGUGGGGGCGACUCGGCCGCGACCGCGCCCGGUUCUACGCCGCUGAAAUUGUCGAGGGCGUCGAAGGCCUGCACGCAGCAGGCGUCAUCUAUCGCGAUCUCAAACCCGAAAACAUCCUCAUCGGCGCAGACGGGCACAUCGUCCUGACAGACUUUGGACUCUCGAAAGAAUUCUCAAGGCACAGGCGGACCUCGCCACACGGCGGUGACUUUUUUUCGAUGCCUGGCACGCCGAAUGGGAGUGGUGGGAUGCCACCUGCGACACCCCCGUGGAUGAAGCCUGAUAGGAAUGGAGAGAUGGCGUUUGGGUGGCCUGCGCAGCCUGUGGGACAUCAGGACUCGACGUCGACGUUUUGUGGUACGGCGGAGUAUUUGGCGCCGGAGGUUAUUCAGGGGUUGAGUUAUAGUUAUGAAGUGGAUUGGUGGAGUUUUGGGACGAUGCUUUAUGAGAUGUUGACUGGGAUUACGCCGUUCUGGGCGAAUAAUCACUCGGAUAUGUAUGUUAGGGUGUUGCAUGACGAGCUGCAGUUCCCGGAUGAUAGGGCGAUUGAUCAGGAUACGAAGAGUUUGAUACGUGGGCUACUUCAAAGGAUACCUUCGUUGAGGAUAUGUGAGCCUAGGAUCAAGAAACAUCCGUAUUUCUCGAUGAUUGACUGGACUCAUGUAUACUACAAACGAUAUAUACCCCCCUAUAUCCCGCCCAUCGACCCCUCAAACGCAAGCGACACGCAGAACUUUGACGAUACCUUCCUGGACAUGGAGCCCGUGCUGGACGAGUUCACAGAGGAAGAUCUCGAGCAGGAGCAGGAUACUGACCAGGAGCCGCAGACGGACGCGGACCGUACGGACGGCGAAGGGUACGAGACGAACACGACGCCGUCGCAGUCGCGCAGCUCGUCUAUACGUAUGGGUCAAAGUCAGAGUCAGCUGCAGCAGGGCCAGGGACUGAGUCAGCCGGUGCCGGUGCAGCAGAGUCCGAAGGUCGAGUAUGAUGAUGAUGUGUUUGAUGGGUACUCGUUCAAGGGUAGGCAUUCGGUGUUGAUUGAUGAUGAUGAGGAGGAUGAGGAUGAGGAGGGUUCUGAGGAAGGCUCAGAAGAGGUGUCGGAGGAGUACGAGGAGGAUGAGGGGUUGGAGGGGAGUGUGUUGGAGGGCGAGACGGACCGGCUUGGACUUGGACAGCUACAACAGCAGCAGCAGGUCGAGGAAGAGGAUACGGCGAUGGAACAAGAGGAUGGGCUCGAGCCCAAGACGCCAGAGGCGAGGCCCGCUGCGUUGCCUCCUGUUGCGACCAGCACCGAACCAGAGCAGUCGAGUACGCCCCAAAUGCACGUCAGCGAGCUCGCGCAGGAGCCAGCUACAAAGGAGCCACAGGCGCCAGCACCGCGCCAUUCCGUGGAAGAGACAACGGUUCCGUCGAGACGGACGAGCAGGGACGUGCCGUCCACCGCGCCCUCUGCGUACGCGAACGUCGCAAGCAAGGUCGAAAGGGAAGCGCAUGCGCACCCGCGGCCAAGCACACCCCCGCCAAAACAUGUGCAGCCUGUCGUGGCCUCGCGUGGAAGCGGCGCGACGCGCACGCGCCGGGAAAAGUCUGGCGUUCCUGCUCUCGACCGGUACCUGUCCGACGGUGUCGACGAGGACACGGAGGCCACUGAAGCGGAGCGCGAUGAGGAGGACGAUGACUGGGACUUUAUCGAGGCUGCCGAUGGCGAGGACCGUAACGGUGCCAAGGGUACGAGUCUCUUUGCGCGUGGUGUCGUGGACCGGUACAGGCUCGCGGUGUUCCGCAAGGCGUCGACGCCCGGUAUGGGUAGCAAUGGUGGUGCGGGAGGUGGAACGGGGGGUUCAAGACGCGGGAAGCAGCAGCGGACGGCGUCGGGGAUGUCGGCAGCGAGCACGGCGACGACGGUGGAUGAGUCGCCGUCGCCUGUACAGCAGCGUCGAGGGCGUGCGCCGGGUUUGAAUUUCAGGAAGCAUCCAAGGCAGUUCUUGAGGCCCAAGUCGCCUGCGGCCCCACCGCCUUCGUCGUUCAGUGCCAAGUCGGCACGGUCGGUGUCGCAGUCUGCGUUGGGCUCGGCGUCGAAUUCGAACACGUUGUCGGCGGGGUCGAUGUCCUCCCCUGGUUUGGGAGGAAGCAGUGGGAUGUUCACGCCGUCGGUGUCUGGUGGGGCGAGUACGUUGCCGCACUCGUUAAAGUCCAAGGAGUCGGCGAUGUCGGUGGGCGCGAUGAGCCAGUCGUCGGAGCAGUCUGGGAACGGGCAGUCGGCUGUGUUUAUUGACGGCGCGGACACCAAGAUGUCACCGAAUGGCGCGGAACCAAAGGUGAAGAAGCAAAAGUUGAAAAAGUACAAGAAUGGUGCGGAAAAGGUGUUUUCGUUGUUCUCGUCGCCGCGUCAGACAUCGACGUCGUGA